GUACUUCUACCUCUCAGUAUGAAACGGUCGCUUGACAGUUACGUUUGUGGCUGGUUAUUAUAACACCCCUAGUUUUCCGUCGGGGGGUCAAAACAUGGACGUGUUAAGGGCGUGUCUCGGGUUCCCUAAGCAGGAUGUGUUUGAGAGUGUCAAUGUGACAGACUUACCUUUAAAUCAUGCGUAUAUUUUGGCCAACACCGGCAUGGAUGAAGUGGGGGUUUACACUUUGGCUGAUGAUUGUAUCGGUUGCCCCUACUCGCUCCGGCAGCGCCUGCACAGUGGGCUGAAUCACUCGUGGGCGGUGGACGCCGGCGUGCCGAGCACGUGGCGACUCAUGAACACGGCCCACGCUGACACACUCACUGCUAGAAGUGGCCUGAUCUGCCAGUUCCGACCGACCCUGGGGGAGUAUGGAGUGUACCGCCUGGAUAUCGGAGAAUGCAACCUGGUGCCGGCGCUCGACCAUAUCAACAUAUAUUUACCGCUAGUAUGCUGGUGCCUACUCAUAGCGGCCGGCUACGGGCUGGCUGUGGCAGCGCGGGUGAUGCUGAACAGACGCCGGAGCGCAGAGGACCCGGAGCAAGGAGACGAGAAGUCCAUCAAGCCCACUGUGGAGGUCGUUAAGAUGCCCACCCUGUAUGUGGUUAGGGGCUUACUCCUAUCCACAAUAAUCUUCCUAACCACGGGCGGCGGCGGCUACACAGUGCUCACGCGAGACUGGUUCGGCUACACACUAGCCGAGUGUCUGUUCUACGCGUACGUGUGGACUGUGGGAGUGAAGAUCCCGACCACUGUGGACCAGGCGUAUGCACUGGGGUACACUAAGUGCAACGUGUUUACUGAUAUCUUGAAGAGGUCCUUCUGCCUAAUUCUUAUAGGCACAGUGAUCAACUCGACAGUGGCCAGUGAGUUGACAGCGGACACUCAGGGGCUCUGGUGGCCGCUGCAGAGGAUGGGAAUCGCCUACCUGGUCACUGCUACUGCAUACGCCGUCACGGUGCAGAAGUUUGAAAUGGAUUCGAAGAGUAUCCUGUGCAAGGCCAUAGCUAACGUGGUGUCCCUGAUCUGGUGCUGGAUCAUCACCGGUUUCCUCUUCGCCGUGCAAGUCAUCGCCAUCUCCACUUUCCUCUCUUUCAACUGUGAAUCGAACCUCGGUCUCAAGAACCCAACCCUGGACCUGGAGAUCACGGACAAGUCCAACAGCUGCACCCGUCACUACGAGAUGACCCGGCUCGUCAACCAGGUCUUCAUGGCCACCCCGACCACUAUCAUCUUUGUCAACAGCUACUAUGGAUUCUCUAAGGGUUUCUUAGGUAUCCUCGGCACCAUCAUCCAGUGCAUGAUGGGUCUGAAGGCCGGCGCGGUGUACCGGCACCACAGCGACCAUGGAGACCGGCUGAUGCUGUGGGGCAUCUGGGCGACGCUGUUCGCGGCCGGAGGGGUGGUCAUCGCUGGGCUGGCUGUGCCGUUCCAGUUUAACUUGUGGCCGUUAUCAACACUCAUUCUGCUUUCAACAACAGCGAUGCUGAUCUUCGUAGUAUUCUAUGUAGCAGUGGAGUACAUGAAAAUCAUUGAAAUGAAUGUUCUGAGGUCCGUCGGCGUGACGUCACUGGUCGUUCUCUCUGGCCAUGUUCUAUUUUCAAAAUCUUUUCCGUUAAAUUUCGGCAACUUGGUCACAUUUAGAACGCAUUUUGAAAUGUUGUUCCAAAAUAUUUGGAUUGUUUCUCUUUGGUUAGUGAUUGGAGUUCUUUUAAUGAAAAAACGGGUGCAGUUCUCAAUUUAAGUUUUCUUUUGUUUUUUGUAACUUUUAUUUAAUUAAGCUAUUUUGUGAUGCAUGUAUAUAGGUAAACUGUAAGAAAAUUUGUGAUUAUAAACAGUAAAUAUUUACUUA